AUGAACGACACUGGCGCUGCGAUGGCGGAGCACAGGAGGGAUGCCCAGUGGGGCGUCACUGACUUCAUAGGAAAAUUCCACCUAAGCAGAAUGACAACACCGAAUACGAUCCCGGGUACAGCGACAAGGGUCGAGCAGGAGCGCAACACUUUCCUCGAAAAGCGGGCCAGCUCGCUGCAGAAGACCCUCGACAACAUCGAAGCCCGGCGACGUCUCAGGGUCCGGUCUCGAUUGCGAGAUCGAUCAUCGAGCGGUUCGAGCUAUCGACUCGUCGCUACAGCCGAGGAAAAGUACGGCAACACCCCGCUGCACAGGGCGGUCUCGCUGGGUUUCGUGGAGAUUUGCAGCGUUUUGCUCGAGGCCGGAGCUGACCUUGAUGCUGUCAACACGAUGGGCGACGCCCCCAUCCACUGCUGCUGGCGGUUCUGGAAGGGCGACUCGUGCAAGUACGGCUUGUGGCGGAAGAACCCGUAUCUCAUGACCACGAAAAAGAUGAAAGAGGAUUUCGCUAGAAUGGAAAGAGACAUCCAGAGCACCGUGUCGCUUCUGAGGCUGCUAACACGGGGCGGGGCGGACGUUGAUGCACAGCGCAACAACGGGGAGGUCGCACUGCAUACCGCCGCUCGACGGGGCCCCUUCAUGGCCCUCUGGAUUCUCCUGCUGAGCCAAGCAACCCACGACAUCAUCGACCACCGGCACUUCACCCCGGAGACCGCCGCAAUCAGGGCGGGCAACGAGGACGCUAAGACGCUCCUGGCGACCUGGCCGGUGGCAAGACUCAAGUACCGGAACUCGGAGUUCGUUCAGGAAUGGAUGAAGUUUCUGACUGAUCCGGACGCGAACCUGACCACGGAUCUGACAGCGAAGGAGGUGCUGGCUCAGGUAAGGAUGGAGGAGCACGAAGAGAGCACGGCCGUACACGCGAGGGGGGGACACUUGCUGGUGGACGAGAUCAUCACGGGGCCCGUGCUGAGCGCGGAGCAAAGGGCUCGCGCAAAAAUUCUCAACUUCUCUGCGUCGGACGCGGUGACCAUCGCUUCCACACUUGAGAACAGCACCAACAACACUAACAGCGCCAAGUCUUGUUCGGGCAGCAACUGCGGUCCUAGCCCUUCGGGAACGAGGGAAAGCGACGAGGGCGGGCGGAGACGGGGGGAGGAAGAAGGGGACAAGGGAGGGGACAAAAAACGACGGCAACAGAAAACCAAGAGCAAGUUAGGGAAGGAGAUUGAUGUUUACCUUGCCCAGGCGAGGGACGAGGCGGCAGGGGUGCGCGUCGGUGGCCUCACAGGGCAGUCAACGGCGUACUCACGGCUGGUGGCGAAGGAACAGUUAGAGGGGCGCAGAAAUCGUUGGCCAGGAAUACGGGACAACGGCAAAGAUCCACCCACAGGCGGAGCGGGUUCGGGAUGUUCAGGCGACCCCUUCGGGAGGCCGAUGACGACAAGCCAGCGGAGACGUGUCGCCGCUCUUGAAAUUGCGGAGGAUGGGGGCAUAGAGAGCCCGCUCAUUCGCGCAGCAACAUCAUCUGCGCUGCUCACCACACGGUCUCGGGCGAUGAAGAAAGAGAGCACUCCGCACCCGUUCUACGGACGGCGGCUGCUGACGCAACGCCUGCUAAACCAGCGAGAGAGGGAGGCGAGCAUCAAGCCCACCGCUACCAUAGGGAUGAACAAGGGUCUAGACCCCGGGGGAAGGAAGCGCGCCUUGUACCUGAACGAUACUCGAACGGCUUUCAACGACCACGAACUGCUUCCGGACCCGAACGACCCCGGCGGCGUCCACGUGGAAGAAGCGGGACGCCUGCACGCGUUGCACCCCGCAAUGCAGUGGCGGAAACUGCACGAGCGGCCUUUCAGCGAGCUGCAGGGUAGCCGCGAUCACAGCGAGAACGUCUAUGACUCCAUUCUCGAGAACUACUGCCCAAGGGCUUGGAACGCGGUGGGCGCCCAAGAGCCCCUGUUUCCAGUGCGGGGGCAUGGGCCAUACAAGUAA